AUGGCCGAAAUUGCAACCGCGAUCCAUCAGGGACUUGGUCCCACAGCUAACGAAGUGGACCCUAUUAUAAUAGACUAUGUCGUUAACGUCCUAAAGGACGAGACGUUUGACUUCGGUCCACGUGGCGAUCUCGCAUACGACGCCGUCGGUCCACUUCUCCUCAACGUCGGCUGCUUCCCGGACGCUUUCUCCGCGCGCGCCUUCUUUCAAAACCUAGCCGCCAGGUUCGGCGACGCGCAUGCCGCAGCCUCGGCGGAGAACGUGCGGAGCUUGGGGGCGCCGAUGCGCAUGGGGGAGGGCAUGGCGGAGCAGGCGCUGCUGGGGGAGGGGAAGACGGGGGUGAUCCAGGCGGUGGCGGCGGAGGGGGAGGAGGAGUCGAUGUAUUUCGUGACAGAGCGUGACCUACGGAAGCUCGAGCGCAACAAGCGCAAGGACGAGCGCCAGCGCAUGGAUGCAUACGAGGCACACGUGAAGGAGAGCGAGGCCAUCCUAUCGUCCAUGCCGCUGGUGACGGUGUCGCACGGGGGCGAUGGCACGGAGGGCGGGGCGAAGGACAUCCACCUCAGCAACUUCACCGUCACUGUUGCUGGGAAGGACCUCAUCAGCGACGCCUCCAUCACUCUGGCUUUCGGCAGGAGAUACGGGUUGAUCGGGCGCAACGGGACAGGAAAGACGACCCUGUUAAAGCACAUGGCGAUGCAUGCGAUAGAUGGCAUUCCGCGCUCGUGCCAGGUGCUACAUGUGGAGCAGGAGGUGGUGGGGGACGACACCUCCCUUCGUGCUGCACUGCUCCCAUCCCAACCCACCAGGAGGAAAGGCUUCAUCGGCCUUCAGAUCAAAAACUUCUCUGCUGCCUGCAAUCUGUGUCCCCCUGUCCGUGGGUGCAGGGCUGAUUGGGCGCAACGGGACAGGAAAAACGACUCUCUUGAAGCACAUGGCGAUGCAUGCGAUAGACGGCAUCCCGCGCUCGUGCCAGGUGCUGCAUGUGGAGCAGGAGGUGGUGGGGGACGACACCUCCGUCCUACAGUGCGUGCUCAGUGCUGA